AUGUACCAGUUCGUUUCCAUCCAACAGUUCAGCCACAACAAUGUAAUGGGAAAAAUCGCCUGCACAGGUCAGGCAAAAACAGACACAUGGAAAAAAGAGUUGCUCGAAAUUUUACAAAAUGAUGAACUCCCUCUAGUCAUUAUGGACAAAGUAGGUACCUUCACCCGUCUGAAGGAGAAGCAGAAUUUAUUGUAUGAGAGGAUCAUCUUUAAACCAACGAGCUUUUCCGCUUUGUCUCAUUUUAUGGAGAUGAUGAAGAAAGAAAGUUUACUGAGCCAAUUUGAUAUGUACUUCUUCGAAGAAGAAUUUCACAAAAUGAAAUUAACUAGGGGACAAAAUAGGAGGGAACUUUUUAUAGACAUCAGAGGAGUUCAUCGAGAGAAGCACAGCUCAUUGGAGAUGUCCACUCUGGAUGGGUCAGUUAAAACGAAGUGCACAGCGAGCGAAUUGCUCAAGAAGUACAGUGUGGAGCCGCUAUACUAUUAUAACAUCCAAAGGUACGAGCCGAACGAAGACCCCUCGUCCUUCCUCAUCGAUAGAAGAAGAUUAACAAAGGAGGAAUACACGUACCAGUAUGUUUCCACCAUUUUGCCUUACAUAUGCUUCACCCUCAUGUUGUUCUUCCCGCAUGUCCUCAUAUGUUUGUAUAUCCCACAUGUGAAGGAGAAAAAUGAGAAGCAUCGAAAACUGUGCAGAUUAUUCCAAAUUAAGCAGCACGUACACAUGUAUAAGGACAUCAGACCGGAGCAUCUGCAAAACGUUAUUGACAACAAUGUGAAGACACUCGUAUUCUUUUACAACAAUGAGGUGUUUAUGAAUAUGCACGUGAAAUCUUUAAUGGUUGAUUUGUCCCGAAUUUUAAAAAAAAAUUCUGUUCCUGUUAAUGUGGUCGGUAUCGAUACAGCUAAGCAUAGCAUUCGGUACGGUGUGGCCAAAGAUUUUGAGGAGGUUCUUUUUCCUGUGAUUUAUUUUAUUUGUCCUUACCAGUAUCAGAAUGAUAGUGGCGUUCUUCGGAUUGAAGGCCCACUAACCUUGGAGAACAUCUGCGCACAGAUCGCGCAGUUCGUGCACGUUCCUCGCAACGCCUUCAGCCAGAUGCGGGACCUGACCCGCCUCAGCGACAACCUGCAGAGGUGCAUAUUCGAGCACGAAGUCAUGAACCGGAGGAGGGACCAAAUAUUGUAUGACUACGGUACGGAGAUAGCUCACCUGUCUUGUCUCCACCUGAAUGGUCAGGUGCCAUUCUGA